AUGUCUGCAGAUUUCUGGGCGAGCUAUGUCUCUGGAGGGCUGGGGAUACUGAUUGGCAAUCGUCUGGACGUCUUGAAAGUCAACGCCCAGACGGCCAACGGAAGCACAGCACCAGCCCGUAUUCAAGAGCCAGCGCUCGGUGUGCAGAAAUUUACAGCUCUGUUCAGAGGAGCAGCAGCUCCAAUCCUUGGCUAUGGAGCUCUCAACUCAAUUCUUUUCCUAUCUUUCAAUAGAUCUUUAAAGGUGAUGGAUCCGAGCAUAUUUGACUACACCAAGCUCGCUGGGGUGGAUUUGGGCAAAAUUUGGGUUGCAGGUGCCCUUGGUGGACUGGCAACAUUUGUGAUUUCAGCACCAUCGGAACUGGUGAAGUGUCGAGCGCAAUUGAUGAUUGAUGGGCAGGGAUCUUCUUACGCUGUGUUUAAGGAUGUGUGGAAGCAUCAAGGGAUCCGUGGACUUUACUACGGAGGUCUGAUUACGAGCAUUCGCGAUGGGUUCGGGUACGGUUGGUAUUUUUGGUCCUAUGAACUUAGCAAACGUUUGCUACUUUCUAGGGGAGCGGAUCCCUUCGCUCCUCCUACCACCUCAGAUGUCCUGAUUAGUGGCGGGAUCGCAGGUGUGGUGACUUGGAUGUCGAUUUACCCGCUGGAUGUGAUAAAGACCCGUCUUCAGACUCAACCUUCUGGAAAUCCAGAGCAACAAGGCCUCCUCCGGACCAAUAGUGACAGCCUGACGCCGAAAAGUGCGAAGACUUCCCUUGUCGUGGCCCGAGAAAUCUGGCAAGAUUCGGGAGUUCGAGGCUUUUACCGUGGCAUUGGAGUGUGUAGCUUAAGGGCGUUCGUUGUGAAUGCUGUACAGUGGUAUGCUUAUGAAAAGAUCAUGGCGUUCUUCAGUAGUCCAAGUUGA